GCUGUAGCAGGAUCCGCUUGGUAGAGGAGGCCGCCAUUACUACAGUUAUUGCACACAUGCGACAAAAGCAAAAGCUUCUCUCGUGCUUCUCCAUUCUAAAUUGAACUCAAACGUUUGACUGUUGUUAUAGAAAAAAAAUCUAAAAACUUUGUGUAAGUUGAGUGUUUUUUUCUGCAAAGGAAGAGAAAGUGUAAUGCCAUUACCAAGAGGUGCUCUGAAGCAAACCACAGGAGAGUCAGAAUGGAGGCAGGCAAGGAGCAGCAGCACAGAGCUCCUCCCCCCAACUCCUGGACCCCUCCUCACACACCACCUCAUAAUAUGGGUGGAUUUGGCGUAACUGAGCUGACUAACGGAUGUGGAAGUGUGGGGGGUUCCCCUCAGCAGCGAUGGUGCAGCAGCAGCAGGUUGGACAACAAAGGGACAAGCAUGCCACGUAAACUAGCCUCAUAUGGACGCUCUCCUUCCACCCUGCCUACCAUUCUGCGUUCCAGCUCCCCUCUACUGGGAACCACCAAUAUCAAUUCAGGCAAAAAGUUGAAUAGAUCUCAACCUUACACUACAUCUGAAGCUUGUGUGGCCGUCACAUCCAUGGCUUCCUCAUCGCUUCCUGUGCCUGCUGUCCAUGUCUCAUCCAGGCCUCUACUCCAAAGUCCUGCUUCUAUUAGCUCAACCAUCAAGUCACCAUCCACCUAUGUUUCUAAAGUUUCCAACAAGAGCACAGCUCCACUUGCAAAUUCUCCCCCAACAACCAAUGUUACUUCUAGCAGCCCUACAAGUCGUGCAACCAGCGUCAGAGUGUGGCUUAGCAGCACCAAUCACUCGCCUGUCAGGAGUACUUCAGGAGGCGCUCUAGUCCUGCCCUCGGGAUUUGAUGUAACCAAGCUCUACCCUGAGCUCUCCAAACUCGGCGUUGUUAAGUCAUCAAGUGGGCCGACCGUUGUAACAUCGCUCCAAAAUGCCAAGCAUCUGGGGGAUACUGAAAUAAACUCUGUAAUUAAUAAUCCCUGCUCUAAAACUACUGGAACUAACCCCAUAAAUUCUAUUGACAUUAAUCAAUCUAAAAAUUUGGGAAACAUGCAGCUCUCUAGUACAUUGAACUCACAACUUAAAGGAGCUUCUAUAAAUUCUUCUGCUAACACUACGGCAUCAGUUCCAAGCUUAAGAACAGGUAACGCUACUGGCUUUCAGUCCAGCAUUAGUGUCAGUGCCGAAGUCAACAAGACACAAACAAGAAGCCCUUCUUUAGCAAGUGUUCCUAUUACAACGUACACUACCAGUAUUAUUAGUCCGAUAAAGGCAUCAUCUCCUUCACCAAAUUUAGUCAACUUUAUUAAGAUUGGUGGUGGCUCACCUGUUAAAACAUGCAAUGGAUCGUUGCUUGUACCAGUUUCAAGUAAUGAUAUCCGGCAAGCACGACUUUUACCGGAUGGUAGGAUUGUUGGCAUAAAAACUAAAGAAUUUGUUGGAGAAAGAUGCUUAGAAAAACACGAAGUAUCAAACAGGACGAGCAUAGUGUCACCUGUACCCUUUCAUGAAAAUAAAUCGCCGCUUGUGUUGAACAUGUCAGUAUCCCAGAAUGCCCUGAUCUCCGGGACAGAUGGCAGCGGUCGCACUACAUCAAGCCAAGAACCUUUAGCUACUAAGCAAAUCAACAAAGUUGUAGGAAGUUCUCAGCCUCGUGAGGACAGUGGCCUGAGUUGUGCAAGCCGUAGUAGCGUAGAGGAAGCGGAAUUGCAAGCUCGAGCAAAACAACUUCAAUUGCAGAAACAGUUGGAGCAAAUACACGGAGGCUUGAGCAGAGCUGGCAAAGCAGUCACUGUUGCCGAUUCUACUGUACCGGUGACUACUGUCAAACAGUUCAGAUUGAGUCAGAAACAAGUUGCUUCUCUCUUGUCUCAAGCAACACUGUCACCCACUUCUCUUACCGUUGUUUCUACAGCCUCUUUACUUUAUUCACAAAACUCAACUACAACUCUAUCAACACCUGCUGGUGUCAAGAGAAAAGCUAGCCCUGCUGCAUCUCCUAGAGCUUCAAAAUCUUUCAAAUCUAGUGCUACUUACGGAGUUGCUCAUUCUGGUCAAGGAAACUCUUCCUAUAUAAGUACAAAUAUAGUAUCUAAUAUUUCUAGCUCGUCUUCUUUACAAUCUUUAUCGCCUCCUUUUAUUUCUCCCACGCUAUCUAUUAGUAAGAAUGGCUUAUCAGUUUUAACAAGAGCAAAAGUAUCCAGCAUUUUGAAGAAUUCUGCUGUCCCUUGUCCUGCUAAUCCAGUAAAUAGUGCUGGAAAAAGCGCGACCGAUUCUUUAGAACAUAAAGAUUUAAGUCUUUGUGAGGAAAAAGCUACUCUUCAUCGACGAGUCUCGUUCAAGACAGUAGAAGAUGAGAACUCUUCAACAAGUGCUGAAGAAGUUCAGCUUGCCUCUCGUCCCUCGGGAGACAAGUUGCCCAUUGAAAGGAACUAUUCCCGAAAACUUGCCACUCGACUUUCUCCGAUGAAACCUCUCGACCAGAGAAUUUUAAUCAAUAAUUCAGUGAGCCACAUUAGAACCAACCUAUUUGAUGAUAGUGUAAGCAAUUUAAAACAUGUUCAGCCGCUUGGGUUUCCACUGAGUCAGUCUUCUAAUUUCAUAACUGCUGAGAAUAUUGAUCAAAAAAUUGACAUCAAACCUGAGAGAGAACUCGAGUUAAAGGGAGAAAUUCCUUGCAAAGUAUUACAUGUACGCUGCAAUGCCGGAGAAAAUCUUGGACCUCUUGCGCCUGAUCUGCCUGAGCCUGUACAGCAGCUGCACUCUAUUCUGGCGCAUCAGAGCAAGGCCACCAGUCAGCCUAUUAUUCCAUACAGUCUACUGGAGCUGGCGGAUGGCGAGGGCGAUACGAAUUCCCGUUACCUGCAUUCAUCAAGUAAAACUGAUGCCCAGGAUGUCAAAAAUAUAAAGCUCAGCACACCUCUGAUGCCUGGCCUGGACUGCUGCAGCGCUCGUAGAGAAGCCCUCAUCACGGCCAGAGUGGCGUCUAGCGUUGGCGACCGCGCGUCUGAUGAGGCAGCGUCGCAUGAUGCUGGCCACGAGACGCGCGUGGCCAAGCUCACGCUGUCGGUGCUGCGACGCCGGCGAAGGCGGUCCCGCGCUCAGACUUUGGCCCUCAUCAGAGCGACGCGUGUCAGCCCUCGUCUGACCGCUGCUGCCUUCGCCAGAUCCCAGCCGCAACUUGUGGAUCAGCAGCUCAGUGCUUCGUAUGAAAGUUGUGGGUCUCGCGUGUCGUGCCUGCUACAGCUGACCACGUGUGUGUAUGAGCUGAGUUCUGUGGCGUGUCGCGACGAAGCAUCGGACGAGAGCGUCACGUCGCCCGGCAGGGCAUGUGGGGCGCCCGCGCUACCUGGCACACGACACUGCCUGCGUCACAUCACCUACAACGUCGACCAGCAGAUGUUCGUGCAGUGCUGCGCCAGGACGGAGGAGCGCGGUGCCCUCUGUAGGGUCCCCGUCUUCUGCCUUAGCGACCAGCCGCUCUGUGCUGCCCACAAGCAUCUCGCCAACAGCGAGGACAACACCUCUGGCUGCGCGAGUCCGAGUUCGCCGGCACAGGGCAUCACGGCGCGCAAGUGCCGGCGUCGCGGCAAAGGUCCUGCGUCGUCACGCUAUGGUAAACGCAAGCGGCGCCGCUCCAUCACACCACACGCUGCUGCCGCUGGUAAGGGCGGUGGUAAAGGAGGUGGAAAAGGCGGCAAAGGCAAGGGUGGAGGCAGUGGUAAAGUGGUACCUUCCACCUCCGUGCGCCCUCCUAUGAACAACGGACUUGUACUUCCCUCUGGAGGCUUCCACUUGUUGCCGUCUUCGCCACCGCACUCACCAUUCAGCGCUGCAGCCUGUUCUGAAUGCGGGGACGGGACCAACAGCUGCUGCUGUCCCGGCAAGGGAGAAGAGGACGACUUGUCAGGAUCUUUUGACGCGAGCCUGGAGCUGCCCGGCAAUGUGGUGGCUGCAGCGUCGCGCCUCUUAGACCCUCAGCAUCUGCACGACCUCCUGCUGGAAGAAGACCAUCACGCUGACAUGUUCCCGCCAUGUUCCUCCUCGCCUGAUGUUAAAGUCGAAGUAAGCAGCAACAGCACCAAUGCGGUCAAUUCGGGCGUUCCCACAGACGCAUUUUCCGUUGGCGGAUCUCAGCAACAGCAGCUGAUGUCAGGCAUGCCUCAGCUGCAGCAGUGUGUUACUGACGCCGGUCUAAUUGCUGGCGCACUCGAUUCCUACGCUUCAGUUAUGGACGCCAAUAUGCCGAUAGACUCCAUGAUCUCUUCGUCUUUCAACCAGCAGGUGCUUAACGUUAUCAGCCAAUUUUUGGGUAACAUGGACGAGCAAGAUGUAUUGAUGCUGCAACAGCCGCCGACUACGUCCGCUAGUUCAGCUCUGAACAUACCUAAUACUACCCUACCUGGAGAUGUUAACGAUCCUAACUGUAUUGUGAACACCUCCUGUAGUAACUCAGGACUCACUUACUUUGAACAGCCGAAUCUUUCUUCUCUUCAGAACCUCCCUACUUCUUUAACUUCCACCUGCAGCGACCCAGCAUCUUUCUUGCCAUCGACCCUUGCUGCCUCUUGCACUUGGAAUGGAAGUCAGUUCCCUGGAAAUUUUACUUCCACCUGCGCUCCAUCUGUACCUUUCCAGGCGACCUGCACUCAAGCUCUUUCCACGUCUUCAAUCGUCGAUUCUCAUUCAGAAACUAGCCUAACUGGAAGUAGUAUUAGAAACGCUUCUCAGCCUGGGUUUGAUACAUUUGAAGUCCCUUGUCGGCCUGAUGACAAUCAGGAAAGUGUGGAUGCCAGUAUUGGCGAAGCGUUUUCAAACUCUCGAGUUCUUGACAGAACAGGAGAAAGGACUCUUAACCACUGCACAGAACAGAUUAUCGCACCUGAUUUUACAAACAAAGCCUCAAAUAAGAAUCAAGGGGAUGUCUUCUGCUCUUCAGUUGUGCCAAGUGCUGAUGAGAACGCAUCCUAUGGUGAAUCAACUCUUUCAGCCGUGUGUAGGGGCGACCUACUGCAAUACAAUUCAUUAGGAAAAGAAAAUAUUGGUACUGGCGUUGCAAACUCAGCUUUUGAGUCGCCUACGAGGAUUCCUAUUACGACUAAUCCGUCGCAUGUUAAAGCAGUAAAUAAUUUAAGUCAUGUAUCUAGCGUCGAUUCGUUACACGAGUCAUUUGAUAACAGUGUGUUAACAUCAUCUGGCUUUUUGACGCGUGUUUCGAAUGUACCGCUAUCAACGUCCGGAACUUUUACCACUUCGGGCGAUAUGUUAUCUGAAGUUCCCAAUUUACUAAGAACAACUUCUACCGGUCCUUCAGUAAGCCCUGCACCAGACGGUAUUGAAAGCAACCAGGGUUCUUUCAGUCAGCUGCCGUCACCUUCUAUGCCGCCGACUCCCUCUGAUGACGAUAUGACAUCUGUUGUGGAGUUCCCUUCUCCGCCUGCAUCCGAUCCUUCCAUGACGGACAUCGAAGUGAAUAACACUCCUGACAUCGGUCGUGUUCACGAUACCGCCGAUCAAAUUGAGCAGUGCAAACAGCGGCCCUUGCUCUACCACGCUCCUGACUGUCGCGUUUUGCCCGCGGGAUUCCGAUUGCUGGAUACAAAAGCUCCGAGACUGCACUGAUGAGUGUGUACUCGUCCCUGUGAAGCAAAACUAUGUUUUUGCAACCACUUCAGUUGUUGGUGCGGAUUCUUAUUUCCGACUUGGUCACUUUCCACGUCAGAUUUAGACUUAAUCACAUGGGAGGGAAAACUUUGAAAUGCGUGAUUAAAAGUCUUCUGCAGCUGAUAUCCCUAAGAAAAUUUGGAAGAACAUUGUGUGAACUCUAGUUUCUUGAUAAUGCUUAGGGGGUUCUUGUGCAUUCGUAUCUUUUCAACUUAAAAAGUUUCGUGUUUAAUGGUUUUGUUGAUUGUAAAGCGUGAUAUUUGUUCAUGCUAUGUAACAAUGUAUUACGUACUGGAGCCAUGAUGUCCAUCCCUAGAAUUUGCUAUCUUUUGUAAGUAUUCCUUAUUUAUUAAACCUUUUUAUGCCAAAGACUCACUUAAAACAAAGUAUAAGGGUGGCAUUUAACGAGGUCGAAUUCAGUUGUUUUAUGUUGUAUAAUCUUGUCGCUAUUAUCUUUAACUAGGAUUUUCUCUAUUGGCUUUGGAUUGAAGCUCUUGUUUGUGGCCUUGUUUGCAACUUUGUGUUGAGUUUACGUCUCGAUGCCAAGAUUUACUAUAAUAUUCCCCCACCACAACCUGACUAGGUUAUUAACGAUUGUCUUCUACAUCGGCCCGUUGGUCAUGUGAACAAAUGUCUAGAGCUAUAUAUCUCGACUUGACGUCCUGUUUCCACUCUAAUAAAUUCGGGUAAGUACUAGCCUUGCGUCAAUGAAAUCCGUUUUGCUUAAAAUAAAGUUCCUGUAUAGUAUUCGUUGACCUGAAGAACAAAUUACUGCAUUCAUUCACAAAGAUUAAUAUCUCUCAUUGAAAGACCUUGCAUUGUAUUUGGUAUUGGAAAAACAAUAAAAUGUAACAAAUUCUAAUUUCCUAAGUAAACUUUAGUCUAAGUUCGCCGUGGAACUUUUACUUUCGAAAGUUUACAGUGUGAUGUAUUUUUGUAUUUUUUCUCUCUCUACAAGAAGAUAUAUAAAAUAAUCGGAAUGAUAUAGUGAUGGCCCCGCCGAGAAACAGUGAUGUCUUAGUCCUGCGUUGCACUCGCGUGUGGAUUGACCCAACGAACGUCUCGAUCAUAUUGUAAUUGUGAAAGUAAUUAGUAAGUCUCGAUCAUAUCUUGCCUUCUGAUAUAAUGAACUGCAUCGGAAUCUUUGUUAUGGGCUUUUUUUUGUCUUUAUUUAACCCUGCACUUUAAUAUCUUUGUAAAGUCUAGUAUGGUUCUUAUAGUUCAGGUUAUGAACUCGUUAAUGCUGAUAGCUAAAAUUGGGUCCUAUUUACCAAUAGUUUCGGUUCGUGAAGUGAAACAUUGAUGGACUGUAAUGUUGAUAAAUUAGUUAAUUGUCAGCAAACUUACUGGGCGGUUUCCCUUGUAUCUAACUCACUGCUUCAAAUCAUCCGUCAUCAUCGUUACAUUACCGUAAAUUUCUUCCAGGAAUUCCCUGAUCAUUAUUGGUAAGUCUCCCGAGUUCUGAUACGCUUAUUUCCUCUCCAGAAAGCCAUGGCUUCACACGAGAAUAUAUGAACUCUUUUCGUGCCCGCUUGGUCAAGUGAUGGUGAAAGAUGAACCAAGCACUUGCAUGGUAUCGUUUGACGUCUGUGCAAUGAUUCAAUAAUUAGCUCUUGGUCAAUAAAAUUGUCGAGAGAGUCGGUUGGGUGCCCAACGGUGGCGCUCUAGCACGGACUGUUACAUCUUCAACGCUUAUCAAGGACACAGCUAAAUCAUUCGUCAGAAAGCUGAGAGCUCACCGUGGCCUAUAAUUUAAUUAUGAACCGAAAUGGCGGCUCAUGAAAUGGUGUGUGCACGAAUUAAUGAACUCAUUAUUGCUCGGUUAAACCAUGGGUUUCGUGGAGAGAGUCUCGCUGGUGUGUUGCUAGCUCGACGACCGUCGCUUCUAACGCGCAUUUUGUACAUAUUGUAAUAUUUAUUAUUCUGUGUCGUAACCUAGCCAUCUAGAAACCUUCGUUCAGUUUAUUUAUCCCAACAGCUGUUACUACAACGGAUGAAAUUGUAGCAUCGGAAAAUGCAGCAUUUUUGAACGACCAAGCACAAUUCAGCUUGCGUUCUCACUAUUAUGAAAAACUAAUUUUUUUAAUUGAGCUUUUGUUGAAAUUUAUUUGUAUGCUUAUCAUCGCUGCUUCCAUUUUGUUGUAAUUGGAGAGUCGAACUAAUGCGUUUAAUCCGGAAUUAUUAAUUUAAUAGAUGUUAUGUGUCAGUGAGUGGUUAAAAUGUAUGUAGUCGAAUGUCGAUACUGAGUAGUCAGACACCAGAAUUAGCGCCCUCUGUUGCUGCUGCUCUUCUUUCAGCUUCAUGCUAUUUAUUUCGAAUCGUAAUGUUUCCACAAAAUUAUUAUUAGUCUGUCUACUAAAUUUUCACACACAUUUCUUUGCUUGUUAAAUUUUCAUGUGUCUCAUCAGCAACUGAUGUUAAGCCAUUUAAUGUGUGCUUGACGUUGAGACCGCUUCAUUGCCUUCAUAUGCUGAUAUUAUUUCGUAUUAUCUUAUCUUUCUGGCUAAUCCGUUUAGCAAGAAGCCUGAUAGUGUCCAUUGCAGUCGGCCUGCGUUACCUGAGUGUACAGUAGCCUGUAGUGACUCAGCUUUUAUCAAAUGACCAACUCUUAACAAAUUACCAAACCUUGAAAUGCCUCAACGAGCAAAGCUUUAUCCUAAUACGCCUAAUCUUCUCUGUACUUUAUGAUCUCGAAAAUAACUUGUUAGGAUUUUCAUGCGUAAAUGGUGGCGAAUGUCACACGCUGCUUCAUCUAUUCUAGUGAAUUAUUCUCAGGAUAUUUCUGAAACUCCUCAACCAAAGCAACCCAACACUGUCUCGUUUUUUUUUUCUUUAUUGAAUGAUCAACUUAAUUGACUUUAGUCGUUUUUAGUUUUCGUAUUGCCGAGGCUUAAGAGUGUGAGCAGCAGUUGCAGUGCAAUGGCUUAGAUAUGGUGUUAAACGCCCUUACUCUGGACUAAAUAGAACUGUAUUCCUUAGCUCUGUGGUGUGAUAAUCUGCGAGUGGUUUCUGUUCUUCAAACGGUACAACUUCUAUUUUUUUAUGUUCUUCUGGUUAGGGUUUAGCCGCCGUCUGUUCUGCUGUAGGCAAGUGAGCGUUGUUAAUGAAUGCCUCGCUAUCUAAUUUAUUCAAGUAUGACGAGUACAGUGUAGAGUAGCCGUCGACAGGGUCAUACUUUCUUUACUGCAGCGUCCUAGAGACUGAACAAAUAAACACUGACGUAACU